AAACCAAAUCAUUUACAAGUUAAAGAUAGACACAGAAUAUUUAGGUUCUGAAGCUGGGUUUAACUCUCUCACUUGCCUUAGCACCUUUAGGGAGUGCUGUUUGCGUCAGCUUUCUCUGUUGGGCUCAGCUAUUUUGUUAGAGUUUGUCCUUUAACAUAUACGCGACAGAAUUUGUCGCUGAACAUAUAUGCGCUUAUAGUUUACAAUUUCACUUGGAUCCUCUGGAUAUAUUGGAGUAAAGGGGCUUGAGAAGACCAUGGUACGUACAUUAGGACGUCACCUCAACUGAGAGGGCACAGGAGAUGGAAGCUCAGUCCAAAACAGAUCAGUACUAUGCCUUCCAGAAAGACUGAUGAUCUUAAGAAUAGGAACUGAAUUGGCUACAAAGAAUGAUUGAAGAUAGCGGGAAGAGGGGAAAUACCAUGGCGGAAAGAAGACAGCUGUUUGCAGAAAUGAGGGCUCAAGAUCUGGAUCGCAUUCGUUUAUCCACUUACAGAACAGCAUGCAAGCUUAGAUUUGUACAGAAGAAGUGCAAUUUGCACCUGGUAGACAUUUGGAACGUCAUCGAAGCAUUACGAGAAAAUGCGCUGAACAACUUGGACCCCAAUGUGGAACUGAAUGUGGCCCGCCUGGAAGCCGUGCUUUCAACUAUUUUUUACCAGCUUAACAAGCGGAUGCCCACCACUCACCAGAUUCACGUAGAACAAUCCAUAAGCUUACUGCUCAACUUUCUGCUUGCUGCUUUUGAUCCGGAAGGCCAUGGAAAAAUUUCAGUAUUUGCUGUCAAAAUGGCAUUAGCCACCCUAUGUGGAGGGAAGAUCAUGGACAAAUUAAGAUAUAUUUUCUCAAUGAUUUCCGACUCCAGUGGAGUUAUGGUUUAUGGACGAUAUGACUUGUUCUUGCGAGAAGUCCUCAAAUUGCCAACGGCAGUUUUUGAAGGUCCCUCAUUUGGCUAUACGGAGCAGUCAGCCAGAUCCUGUUUCUCUCAACAGAAAAAAGUCACGUUGAAUGCUUUCUUGGAUACUCUCAUGUCUGAUCCUCCACCCCAGUGUCUGGUCUGGUUACCGCUUCUACAUCGACUGGCCAAUGUAGAAAAUGUCUUCCACCCUGUUGAGUGUUCCUACUGCCAUAGUGAGAGCAUGAUGGGAUUUCGCUACCGAUGCCAGCAGUGUCACAAUUACCAGCUCUGUCAAGACUGCUUCUGGAGGGGACAUGCCAGUGGUUCCCAUAGCAACCAGCAUCAAAUGAAAGAGUACACGUCGUGGAAAUCACCGGCCAAGAAGCUAACCAAUGCCCUUAGCAAGUCUUUAAGCUGUGCUUCCAGCCGUGAACCUCUGCAUCCAAUGUUCCCCGACCAGCCGGAGAAACCUCUGAACUUGGCUCAUAUUGUAGACACUUGGCCUCCCAGACCUGUUACCAGCAUGAAUGACACACUGUUCUCCCACUCGGUCCCCUCCUCAGGAAGUCCUUUCAUAACCAGGAGCUCUCCUCACCAGAAUAAUGAAGUAGAGCAGAACAAACUCCUGGCUAGGGCUGCUCCAUCUUUUCUGAAAGGCAAAGGGUUACAGUACAGCCUCGAUGUUGCCGACAGGCUGGCCGAUGAACACGGUCUCAUCGGGUUGUAUGUCAACAUGCUCCAGAGCAACCCUUCACGCAUGCUCGACAGCCCAAACCGUCUGGAUGAAGAGCACAGACUGAUUGCCAGGUAUGCGGCAAGACUGGCAGCUGAGACAUCCUCGUCUCAGCCAGGUCAACAAAGAGGGGCUUCUGAUAUCUCUUUCACCAUUGAUGCAAAUAAACAGCAAAGACAGCUGAUUGCAGAGCUUGAAAACAAGAACAGAGAAAUCUUACAGGAGAUCCAGAGGCUGCGACUGGAGCAUGAGCAGGCUUCUCAGCCCACCCCGGAGAAAGCACAGCAGAACCCCACUCUCCUAGCCGAGCUGCGACUUCUCAGACAGCGCAAGGAUGAGCUGGAGCAGCGGAUGUCUGCUCUCCAGGAGAGCCGGAGAGAACUGAUGGUUCAGUUAGAAGGGCUCAUGAAGCUGCUAAAGACCCAAGGGGCAGGUUCUCCUCGAUCUUCGCCCAGUCACACCAUCAGCAGGCCUAUUCCUAUGCCUAUCCGAUCUGCGUCUACCUGUUCUACCCCGACCCAUACUCCUCAGGACUCUCUGACAGGGGUAGGAGGAGAUGUCCAGGAAGCCUUUGCACAAAGUGCAAGGAGAAAUUUACGGAAUGACUUGCUGGUGGCUGCUGAUUCCAUCACCAAUACCAUGUCCUCCCUGGUUAAAGAGCUUAACUCAGAAGUGGGAAGUGAGACGGAGAGCAACGUUGACUCUGAAUUUGGGCGGACCCAGUUUGAUGAUCUGGUGCCAUCGCCAACUUCGGAAAAGGCUUUCCUGGCACAAAUCCAUGCCAGAAAGCCUGGUUACCUUCACAGUGGAUCGGCCACUGGCACCAUCCGCAGUGACAUUGUUACAGAAGACGGGGACCCUUACGUGAGAGCGGACGAUGAGAACUAUGAGAAUGACUCAGUUCGCCAGCUGGAGAAUGAGCUGAAGAUGGAGGAAUAUCUGAAACAGAAACUCCAAGAUGAAGCCUACCAGGCAAGCCGCAGUCAGAUGAACGACGAAAGGUACGUGAAAACCAAUGAUGACAAGAGCUGCAAACAGACUGAGGAGGUGGACGAGGAGGAGGAGGUGGACGAGGAAGACAAGGAGGAGAAGGAGGAGGAGGAAGGCAGUCGGAAUAUUCAUCUUCCCUGAGGAGUGGAAACAACCCAUUCAGCAGCUUCAACUAAUCAAUCGUAUUUAUGAGCGCUUACUGUGUGCAGAGCACUGUACUGAGCGCUUGAGAGAAAAACCCUAAUUAAACCCGCCGUUUGGAUGACUGUAGCUCAGUUACCUUUUGUUCUAAGAGUUGUAGUUUGUAGGUGUGUGUUUUUGGAGAAAAAAAGACUUUUGUUUAAAGCUAAAACUUAUCAGCUACAUUUUCUGUGACAUGGCUCAUCACUGCGGAAGCACACAGGCUAUAUCCCUGGGGCUGCUGUUUCCCAUAAUGGCAGUGUUAACAAAACAGUUAAACCUUUGCACAUGAUGUUGAACCCUGUUCAGUUUACAAUAACAAUAUUAAAUGCUGUUUAUAGCCAGGAGUUUGAUUUCUGAAUACUUUGAGGUUUUAGUAGAACGGUUUACUAUACACUGUAUAUUUUUUUCCACGGAGAUUGGAAAAAAAAACAUGCAACAACCCCAGACAGUUAUUCAUCAACCCUGAAGGAUAUUAAUCCUGAAUUGUGAAUUCAGAGUCCAGAAAUUAAGAUCCAGGCUCUGUCUGCAAUGUGUGGCCAAGUCUCUGUAGAAAGGGACUUGGACCAAAUGCACUUGGAUAAUCCAAUCCUUUGGGCUAAUGCAUAACUGAGAGUUGUUUUCUUUCAAGAUUCUCUAACAAAUCAGCCAUAGAAUUUAGUGUAAAUAUUUUUUUUCCAAAUAGAUAUCAUAUACAAAAAGGCAACAUUCAAAUGAUAUAGAAUCUAGUUUUUAAAUCAGCACAGAUCUUCUUAAAACUGUGAACUAUGUUUUGAAAUACUCGUUACUAAAGCUGUUUAUAAACCACAGGUGCCAUAAGAUCCCUGAACUGACUGACCUAUAAUCUUCCAUGGUUUUGUUUCAUUGAUGUUUUAGCUUUAGCGAGCAUGUCUUCAACACAUCAGCUCAUUCACAAGUUUUCCCUAUCAGGUUGAUUUGAGGCCUUCGGCUUGAAAUGUACAGGCUUUAAAAGUGCGCUUGGAAUGUCCCCUCUCCUUUUAUUUCUGAAUGUGUCUGGCCUUAGCCGGCCCCUGGGUGUUCUGCAUGCAAUCUGUGGAAGAGGCUGACUCCUUGAGUGGAGAGUUAAACAAAAGGGAAAAUUACAUUCAUGGAAGAAAGGAAGCUAAAGGAACCUGACAUUUGCCCUUUCCUGGAGAACAGAAAGAGAACAGAAAGUCAGGAAGAAAGAAAUGGUCUUCAGAUCUUUCCAGUUGGAAGAUGCAACAUUUGGAUUCCUGGGGUUUCUCUGAUCAUUCCUUUUCCUCCCUGAAACCCGAAAGAAAGAAAAAGGGAGUGAGGAUAUCAUAUUUUGGAAUCAAGAGCUCUGAAAAGGCUAACGUUGCACACUAGUAAAUGCCUGAGCUGGGCCUGGCAGAGUCUUCUGCUUACAGACCAUCGGAGUCCUCCACUACCCUAGGGAUUGGUUGCUGCUCAGACCAGGGAUCCUCUUGGCCUUCCAAGUGCUCCCUUUGCCUUUCAAGCGCCCCGUCCAGGAGGCUGUGCCGUUUUCCCUUGUAGGUGGUCUGAGAUGGCCAGAUGGUUGCCCCCAGGGAACUGGGAGGAAGCAGUGGGUACUUUGGAGUUCACAUCUUGCCCCUAGGCUGCUGUGAGUGCAGAAACCCCCUCUUUGCCUCCCCCCUGCGACCACCACAACCACCAAGCAAACAGCCUCCAUGUCAUGUCCUUGAGGGGCAAAAUGAGAAUGGUAACCCAGGUUUCUUCGUGCGUCAUGGUUAGUUCGGGUUUCUUCAUUUUUCUGUUGGGAUUUUUGGUCUUUUCAUCCCCAUUGCUCACAUGGCAUCUGCCAUCCCUGAGGGGAAAAGAAGCCUCGCUCCCCGCACACCUCACAGCCCCUUCCCAUUCCUCCUACCCCUAUCCCUGCUCCCCAGGGCCCAUACCUCUCCUCGGCCCCUCCUGCCUUUUGGGAAGGAGGACCACCUGUGCCUCAUAGUCAGCGCUUAAAGCCACGAUGUCCUAGACUCUGAAAUCGCUGUUGGCUUCAGAGAGCUGCCAGACCGUCUCUGGGCCAAGACACCGACCCUCCCGGCCGGAAGAGCCCGCCGAACCAUCGACGCCAUCCGCGUCCUUUCCAUUUCCCACUUGGAGAGUCACCCGUCUCCAUGGGAGCCGGUCUCGGCCUCAGUUCUUCCCGUUGGCCACGGUGGGCCCUCGGCAGCUCCGGGACUGCUUUCAGAGCAAACCAGCCACCUUUUCUUUCUCUCUGCUGACUCCAAGCCUGCAGGCCAGUGAGAGGCCCCCAAAACCCCUUCCCAACUUGGAACUCUGAGGUGGAGCUUCUUGGCUCUUCAUUUGCCUCUCCAGAUGUAUUAUGUUCGGUAUUUUGCCAAGCUGGCAGUGUUUUAGCUCAGCAAGUCUGUCCAUUGGAUACUAUUAUAUCUUGUGGUUUGUCAUUUCUUAGCCAUUAAAACUAAGAACUACGCAGAAGUGGCCCUCAGAAAUGGUUGUUUUUCAUUACCGGAGAACUUCAGCAUCGCGGCACAAGGCCCAAGGGCUGACGGACUCCUUAGGGUUCGGGAAAUUGUUGCAGGUGGUCAGGAGGGAGGUUGGGGAAAUGUUCAGUCGGUUGGAAGGGAGGUUUGAAGGAUUUGGUGAGGAAUAGGAUCUCGGAUGGUCACUACUGCUAGGCAGGGAAGGUUCAUUCGUAAGUAAUAGCGUUGUCUGAACUGCAUUAAAGGAGUGUGGGCUUUGUAGUGAUAUAAUAUGUAUUUUCUUAUAUGCAUGAGCCAAACUGUUGCAUCAUAAUUUAGCACCAGUGUCUGCCAUUAUUUUGGUCAUCUCUGCCCAUUCUUUCAUGAGUUCUUGGUUGUUAACUGUAGAUAGUCCUUGUAAAUAUCGCAACCAUGGUCACUUCAGUCACCUUGGUUCAAUUCAGCGCAAGGAGCCGCAGACAACAAGAACUCCACGGUGUCCUCGGAAGAAAGGGCAUUUUUAUUUUUCAACCAAAAACAAAAAAGUAUGAAGAGUUACAUCUUGAGGCUACUAACUGUAAGACCUUUUUAAUUAUGACUACUGUACUUUGACACCACUUGAGACAACAGAUGCAGAGACACUAAAGAUUUCACAAUAUUCAUUGGUAUUGUAACAAAACUACUAUUGUAUGGGUUUUUUGUAUUGCUGUUAAGUAUUGUUUUGUGUGUAUGUGUGUGUGUGUGUGUAUGCGUGUGUUGGAACCUACCGGGGACAUGUUAUAUUUUGAAGUGAUUAAACUAUUUAAUUGUGUGUCUAUAUUUUGGAAUGGAAUUAUUUCUUCAUUAAAAAAAGAUUUUUAAAAAUACUA